AGACCCUGCCAGGACCUGGGGGUGAAAGGUCAAGGGUGAAAGGACUCAACGGUGACCACGCGACUUAACUCGCGCGGUGACGAGAAAUGGCCAAACAUCAUCCGGACCUGAUCUUCUGCCGCAAGCAGGCGGGAGUGGCUAUUGGAAGACUGUGUGAAAAAUGUGAUGGUAAAUGCGUGAUCUGUGACUCAUAUGUGCGACCCUGCACACUUGUGCGCAUAUGUGACGAGUGUAACUAUGGGUCGUACCAAGGCCGCUGUGUGAUCUGCGGAGGUCCAGGAGUCUCUGAUGCCUAUUACUGCAAAGAGUGCACCAUCCAGGAGAAAGAUAGGGAUGGCUGCCCUAAGAUAGUCAAUCUGGGCAGUUCCAAGACAGAUCUCUUUUACGAGCGCAAGAAGUACGGCUUCAAGAAGAGGUGAUUGGCCCUUGGUGCUGCUGUACCUGCUGCAGGGUUGGGGAAAGGGUCUUAAAACAUCUCUGGACUUCACUGUUAUUGAGAACCAAUUAAUCUUCUCUAAAAUGUUACAAAUUAAACUAUGUGUGGGGGUGGGGGAAGAAACAAAAUCAACUGGGGAUUAGAACCUGAUAAUAGCUGAGAACUGCAGAUGGCGAAAGCAGGCUACUGACUCUUGCCAUCUCUCAAGCGUGGCUACUGUCUGCCAUACGGCUCUGCAAAAUGCCUGGUGGGCAAGUACUUACAUUCUAAGGGGAUCUGCUCUCCUAUCAAGGUGUUGCACUGUUUUUACACGUCUUGCCCACUUUUGGAAUCGGGGGGUCACCUGCAGUGCUCUCCUUUCCAUGCUCUCCCUUUCAGUUGAUAAGAAGUCUUCUCCCCUGGCCACACCCCCAAAGUCUGAGGAAUGAGUUCAAAUUGCCGACCCACCGAAAAUCUCUAUGUAUUGUUAUACAGGGAGACUAGCAUGCUCAUGACUGAUGCCCUUUUCAUAUGAGCACAACAAUUACAUGUCCCUAUGUUUUCUUCAACCGUUUAACCGAAGGCCCUUUCUGUAACUACCUCUGCAAAAUGUAAACCAAUAAAGUUUUUUUUUUUUCUUUUUCUAACAAGGA